UCCUUUAAGAGCGCAACACGCCUCGCUCCAGAACCGACACUACUGUGGCAUAAGAGAGUGCACAGGAUAACAAGAGGACAUAAAUAUAUACACACUCACACGUGCACACACACACACACGCACACAAUACUUACUUACAUACAUACAGACACCCUAAGAGAAAUCUAGAUGGAAUUAUAAGAAUGGAAUACCACUGGUUUCUGUUUCUUGUCGAGUUACAGUUUCUCUUCCGACCAGGCAGUACCAGGCCUGUAAUUACACCAGACGGAUCCCAGCUCGCGGUGCAGCUGCAUGGCCAAUUUGUCCUUCGUUGCCAUGGUGAAGCACCCGUGCGUUGGAUACGGGAAGAUCGUCCAACUCGGACGAUAAAGGAGGAGAAGAGGGACCACCACCUGUCAACCAUCAAUGUGACCAGAGUGACUCCGCUGUACCGGGGCAAUUACAUGUGCUUGGAGGAGUCCACAGGACAGAAUAACUCCAUUUAUGUGUAUGUUACAGCCUUCCUCUUAGCAGAUCCUGACAACGCCUUCAGAAAGUCCAUUAUCACUGACAUCAUGGCUGGGGCAAGAGACACUGCCUCAAUCCCCUGCCUACCCACCGACCCCAGAAUGGUUAACCUGCAUUUGGAGACGUGUGACGGAGAGCCACUGCCAUCCGGGAUGAGGUACAGCGCUAGCAUUGAGACAGGCAUUUCCAUUGUGAAGGUCCAGCCCAACUACAAGGGAUGCUAUAUCUGCGUGGGAACUCUGGGAGACACGACUGCACAGUCUGUGCAUUAUAACCUUGAUGUGCGACUGGUUCCAGAAACACCGCCCCGUAUUUCACUUCACGAGCGUGACAGGGUGCUUCGUACCCAGGGCCAGAGACUCACCCUGACCUGCUCCACUUCUAAUGUCAACAGUGAUAUAAAAGUUAACUGGGUGCCACCUCUUGGAGUGGAAGCAUCCGUCGAGCAAAACUCGCAGCUUUCGACCGAACCAGUCAUGCACAGACGUACAGCCGUCCUCCAAAUAGAAGCCGUGACGACCCGGGAUUCGGGAAGGUACCGCUGUGAGGCCAAGAACUCCGCAGGGAUUAGUAAUGAGACGGUCUGGGUGGAUGUCUACAGGAAAGGCUUUAUUAACCUGACCCACGUAGACAACAGGACAUGGAGGGUGCGUGAAGGACAGAGUCUGUCUCUGCGUGUGACUAUGGAAGCCUAUCCUAAACCACACAACUUUAACUGGAGCUACAAUCGAAAAAAUCUCACCAACACGACUGACCACGUUAUCACCACUCACUCGCACGCGCACAGGUAUGCGCACGAUUAUCACAGUCAGUUAAAGCUUGUGCGUUUAAAAGUAUCAGAGAGCGGUGUCUACACUUUCCUGGCCAACAACGGUGACGCUAGUAUCCGCCUGACAUUCGAAGUCCAUGUCCUAAGUAAACCAGCAAUUGUAUCUCACGAAGGUCCAGUUAAUGGGCAGGUGCGCUGUGUGGCUGAAGGUUAUCCCCCACCUCAGAUCACAUGGUACUACUGCGAUCAACCCCAUGCCAGGUGUUCUAAUUUGUUAAAUGCCACACAAGAGGAGGAGGACGUUGUCACCGUGACUAUGACUAACCCACCCUUUGGGAAGGGAGCGGUGGAGAGCCGCUUAAACAUCACCAAGAACAAUUACCCCACCCUGGAGUGUGUAGCUUCAGCCGAAGGCGAGAUUGUCUACACGUUGUUUUCCAUCAGCGAACGUUCUGUUCCUCAUGAGCUUUUCACUCCAUUGCUGAUUGGCUUCAUUGCUGCAGCAGCCAUCCUUUGCCUCAUCCUGUUUUUUCUCACUUACAAGUAUAUGCAGAAACCUAAAUACCAAAUCCAGUGGAAAGUCAUUGAAGGGAUCCAUGGCAACAACUACGUCUAUAUAGACCCGACCCAGCUUCCGUACGACCACCAGUGGGAGUUUCCACGGGACAGGCUGCGAUUCGGCAAAACUCUGGGCUCAGGAGCAUUUGGGAAGGUGGUGGAAGCUACAGCAUAUGGAAUGUCCAAGGCUGAUACAGUGAUGACCGUAGCAGUCAAAAUGCUCAAACCGAGCGCUCAUGCCACUGAGAAAGAGGCGCUGAUGUCAGAACUGAAGGUGCUCAGUUACCUCGGCAACCACAUAAACAUCGUCAACUUGCUGGGUGCCUGCACUGUUGGAGGUCCGACUUUGGUGAUAACCGAGUACUGCUGUUUUGGCGACCUGUUGAAUUUCCUGCGCAGAAAACGUGACUGUUUCUGCUGCUCCAGACUGGGAGAUGACUCUUACUAUAGAAAUGUCUUGUUACAACCAGACUCAGGUGAAGGCAGAAAUGGCUAUAUGGCUAUGAAGCCUUUGGUUUUGGGAGUUCAGUCCACCGAGAAACGUUCACUACCUAAAGGUGUCGGCUCUUACACUGACUGUGACGUGUUCAGUGAAAUUCUGCAAGAGGACGGUUUGGCUUUGGACACUGAAGAUCUGCUCAGCUUCUCUUACCAAGUAGCAAAGGGCAUGGACUUCCUGGCAUCGAAAAAUUGUAUUCACAGAGACCUGGCAGCCAGAAACAUCCUCCUCACACAAGGUAGAGUGGCCAAAAUCUGCGACUUUGGACUUGCCCGUGACAUCACUACCGACUCCAACUAUGUGGUUAAGGGAAAUGCGCGUCUGCCGGUGAAGUGGAUGUCUCCUGAGAGUAUCUUUGAGUGUGUGUAUACGUUCGAAAGCGAUGUCUGGUCUUAUGGCAUCUUGCUGUGGGAGAUCUUCUCUCUUGGGAGCAGUCCUUAUCCAGGUGUACCUGUAGACUCCAAAUUCUACAAGAUGAUCAAGGAAGGAUACCGAAUGGAUUCACCUGAGUUUGCUCCAUCUGACAUGUAUGAAAUCAUGCAGUCGUGUUGGGAUGCAGACCCUUCCAGGAGACCCUCAUUUGGCAAGAUAGUGGAGAAGGUUGAACAACAAAUCUCAGACAGCACCAAACAUAUCUAUCUGAACUUCAGCUCUAGGUUGCCGGUAGUCACAAGUCUCCGCGAGGAGCCAUUUUCUCACUCCUCACGCCGUAAUUCAGGAAGCGGUCACAGCACUCCCAGUCUGCCUCUACUGUCCAGUGACAAUGUUUUUUUGGAGGAAGCAGCUCCCAGGCAGCCACGAGCUUAAAGAUAAAUUAAUUAAUUAAAAAAAAACUCAUUAAAAUGCUGUACGAAGACUGUAAACCUUUCAGACAAACCAUGGCUGAGUGAAACCCUGGAACAGUCACUAUGGCAGAAAGACAUCACAUCAUCGUCCUACUCUCUUCCUAUUACUGAUAUACACAGGGGAUGAUGUACAGAAUACUUCCUCUCUUUUCUUAUUGCUUCAGGAUCAUGUGACAUGGGACAAUAGGAUGUGCAAGUUUUAGGCAGAGCUUUACUUUAUCCUGUUUGCUGAUAUUCCAGUAUGGUUGCACAUUACCUUAGUUUCUGCACAACAGGCCUAACCCGGUCCUUUGUGGUACGAUUUUUAACUCUGCAUGGGUACUGGAGAACAAAGUUGAUCGUAUAUCAGGCUUCAUUUUCAUGAUCAUAGCAUAUACACGUAAACAUGCGUUUAAAACCUUUUCAUAUGUUUUUCCAUGACCGUCCGCACACAAGGCGUAGAGGAGCACAAAAGUGUUACAGAUGCUGGAAAUACAAGUGUGUACUGUACAUUAAUUUAUUUAUUUUUUUGCAUGCCAACGAUCCACUCUCACUUACGGGAUGUAACCGGGCUAAUUCAGAGAUGAAACGUGUGGGGCAAAUACACACCAAUUUGUGAGAAAUCUGCAUCUUAGUGGCAGCAAUGAACACAUUUUUACACCAGAAUAGAUUCCCACUAGAGCUAGUUUUGAAUUUCACAUCCAUCCAACCCACCUCAUGUUCAUAUAUAAACAGAAACAGUACACAAGCGUAAAGGAACUGCCUUGCACCCGACCGAAUAUACCAGGUUUGGUAUUUUGUCACCCAAUUUAACAAUUGCAUUGACAAAAUAUAGCGCUUUUGGUCAAUACAAAUGAUCAUGAAAGCAUUUUGAAGUCUGAAAUAUGAUCAAUCACUAUUUUGGAUGUAGAUUCUCUUUCUUUUUUUUUUAGCAGUUAUACAUACAUACAUAUAUAUAUAUAUAUAUCCUGGUAAGUCGUUCUUUUUGAAAGCACAUCGGUAUUGUGUUUGGUCUAAUAAGUUUAGGCAGCUUCGGGACAGUUUAAUACAGAUACACUGCCUCAGUAUUAUUCAUUCAUUUGCUGACUGAGUUUAGUUUAAACACCAUACUGUACUUAUAUCGCUUAUAUUCAAAGGAAAGCUUGAGGUGAUGUGUGUGUCAUUUUCUUCUGGUUUCUCUGGUAUGGUAGCUGCAAUGAGUACAAGAACCUGACAGCUACAUACAGGCUAUUUUCUGUUUUUUUAUGUAGUUAUUAAUCAUAGAUUUUGUUUCUGAUUUUUCCUGUUGUGACAGUACUUUUUAUUCACCCGUUCAUUUUAAUUUUCAGGGAUCAAUUUGCGUCGCAUCUCAAAGCGUCGAAGUGCAAACAACGAGCUUUCUGGGCUGAAUAAUAUUUCAGCUUUAAAGAUCAGUAUUAUGGUUGGUUAUGUGUACGCUUGUUAUGUGAAGGAUUUUGUCUAGUACUGUGUGAAACUUUGAAAAGCAAAUUUAACAGGCUUCCCAAAUGCAAACCAGCAAAGUCGUUCAGCUUCAGAAUGACUUGGUCUAAAAAAAAAAAAAAAAAAAAAAAGCAAUUUUACAGCAAUUCACUUUCUCCUGUCGUCUUUACGUAGACACGGUUCGGAUCAGUGAAUCUUUCGCAUCUCACAUGUACUUUUGUCUGAGGUUUAGGUGAACUGCCUAGACUUAGGAUCAGUUGAAGAGUUCAGUAGCAUUUGAAACAUUGCAAACUUUGUGAGGAACAGAGAAACGUCUCAAGAGACUUCGGUUUAACAUUUUAAAAUGUUGAGUAAUAUGUUUUUGUAGAUAUGUACAUUUUUAUUGAAGCUUGUUCGUAUAAAGAUAUGUAUAUCAUCCUUUCUGUACACGUUACCUUUUUUUUUGUCAUUACAUUCAGUAUACGGAAAAAUAAGCGUUGCAGAGAAUAUUCACUCAAGCUUAGGACGUAUGAGUUAUGGGUUAGAAGAUGCGUCAGAAACGUCAUUAUUUUACGUCGUUCUCAGCAAACACCAACGCUUUCUGUAAAAAACAAAACAAAACAAAAAAAAAACAACUGUCGUGCCUCACAGGAAACAAAAAUUUUCAAAUUCUGCUCCUUUGCUGUUGAGAAAAGAGCCAAUCGAAAGCUACCGCUCUUCUGGGGGCCAAUGGGUGCACGCUCUCCAUAGGAACAGCCAAUCGGCAAAAUCUCGGUAGAUCCGCCAGCGGAGGGGUAGCUGCUCUGAGGGAGAGCAUUCUCAUUUCUGCCAAUUGGGAAAAGAGCAGCCGUGCAUUAGAGACAGAGACGGAGAGUUCGUUGGAAUCCUAAGUCUAUGAGCAACAGACUGAGUGAUUCAGAUCAUGCCAGGUAGACCAAGUUGUAACAUCAGUACUCAGGCACCCAUCAGUAGCUGAUUUCCCAGCUCUCUUUCUGUUCUUUGUGUCCAGCUGCUUCCUCCAGCGGAAGUGUCACUUCCAGAGCACUUCAGUUGGGGAGAUCCCAUCCGCUCUCUAUCCCACCUUCACCGCUUCCCUCUUACCCUCUUCCCACACUGCGACAUUGUUCUGAGGGGCAUCUGUCUGCACUUUGUAUGAGUGUGUGUGUGUGUGUAUGUGUGUCUGUGCGCAGGCGUGUGUGUAUGUGUGUUAACUGUAGCAUAAUGCAGGUCAUUUUGCUGGUAAGACACCAGAGUACCGAUGAGCUAUCAUUUCUACAGCUUGUCACAUGUAAUACACUGUAUACCAUAACCCGGCUUCCGGCUGCCAGGUUUGUGGACAUGAUACCACUCCUGUGCUUUUGCUUGCUCUAUAGUAAUAUGUGUAAAUGAUGUAAUGUCACUAUUUUUAGGGCAAUGUGGUACGAUCAUGCUAGUGCUGUAAACAUUUAAGUGCAACUCUUUUUUUUGUGUGUGUGGUUUUCAUACUAUUUAAUAUAUACUUUACAUAUCCAUUGCAUACUGUACAUGUUACUCUACUAGCUCCACUCAUUGACUGUGUGUAUGCAAUAAGGUCCUUAAAUAACUGGUGGCUUAAUUGCAGCCUAGCAAAUGUGCAAAUUUAUUCACAUUUGAUACACCUAAUAUACGGUAUAUUAGUAUUGAACAUCUAAUCCACGUCAUGACAUGGUAAUAACUAUAUGAUAAUGCAUGGAUAAUCUAAGUAGGUCUGGUUUUUGGACAAAUAACUGGAGUUUUUUUUUUCUUUGUCCCUUAAAGAGAAGGUUUGUUCUGUUCAUUGCAUCAUUGUAUAUUUAUUUUAAAGUUUUUAUUUUGCAAACCACUGAAAUUGUUUUAUUGUGUAAGACUUGUCAUGUCUGGUUAUUAUAUACUGUAAAUAAACCAUUGAAACAUAAAUGA